AGACAUGAAAAAGAUGGGCAUGUACCCCGCCCCCCUGGGUAGCCCUCCACAAGACGAUGACAGCCGCUACAUUUAUGAGCACUCAGAGGCACGACACGGGCUGAGGUCCAAGAGAAAGGCCACGGCAAACACGAGACUGCGCUGGACCAAGGCAGAGAUGCCUUACCUCUUCGCUAAAGGACAUUUUGACUCCAAAGAGGAAUACAUGAUGAGGCGGUCUAUGACCGAGUGGGAACGAUACACCUGCAUGAAGUUCUACCCCGCCACCAGCUCACACAAGAACAGCGUCCGCUUUCAGAACGGAGUCGGAAAGGACUGUACCUUCACGAGAUCGGACACGCCAUGGGCCUCGUCCACGAGCAUCAAUUACCAGACAGAGACAAUUACAUCGAGAUUCUCUACCACAACGUCAGCCCCCACAUGCGGAUCUGGUUCAACAAGUACACAGCCAAGGAGGUCAAUCAGAUGAACGUGCCCUAUGAGUACUCCUCCGUCAUGCAUUACGGAAUUACUCCUGCCGGAACAUCUACGACAGCUGGACCUGCUACAUCUGGGCCAACCAGGGCGAGUGUGACCGGAACCCGUUCUACAUGAACCAGCAGUGUGCCAAGGCGUGCGGGCAGUGCGGAGCUGGCAAGCCGAAGAAACAGCAUGACCCCAUGACCUGGACCUGGCAGUGGCUCCCGAUGUUUGUCGACAUGUUCCCCCAGGACUGGAUGACCUCGGUGAAGUGUGUUGACAGCAACCACAACUGCCAGAGCUGGUACAACACAGGACAGUGCACCAGCAACCCCAACUGGAUGAUUCCCAACUGCCGGAAAGCUUGCAAGAAAUGUGACGACGGAACCUGCAAGAAUUUUUUCGACGACAAACAGUGCGAAAUCUGGGCCCAGAAGCUGGAGUGUAUCUCCAACUCUGUAUGGAUGGCAAAGCACUGCGCCAAGUCUUGUGGCCGUGGACUGUGUGAGGGUGUGAACCCGGACGCCUCAACCACCGCACCUACUCACACCACCCGGGGAAUUGGAAGCACUUCGAGACCUAGACCCACUACCACCACCAGAGGCUGCCGAGACGCCGAGUUCCUGUGCGGGCUGUGGGCCAAGAGCGGUCACUGCGAGAAGAACCCCCGCUACAUGCUGCGACACUGUCAGAAGUCCUGCAAGGCCUGCUACAUGUACAAGACUUAAACCUUCUACCUUCUCGCAUCGGCCGCUGCACGCAUAGCACGGCACUCCACGGCACAGAACAGCACAGUAUAGCACAGCAUGGGACAGCACAGCACAGCAGAACACAGCACGGGACAGCAGAACACAGCACGGGA